UCAGGGUAGUGACUUUGCCUGAGAGCUGUUUCUCUUGGGGUGCCUCUAAGCAUCAAUGGGCUUGAUGGAAAAGGACUUGAAUGUUACUAGUGCCGUGCUUGGUUGGUUUUAAGCUGCAUUUGUGUCCGUCUUAAUUAACUAAUCUAGCCCUCUAUUCCGUGUGGGGGUUGUGAGGUAAUCUUGAAUGGCGUAACGAGAUUUCGGUGUCUACCACUACUGACUGAGGCUGGCACAACGUCGAGGAGGAUCCUUCGUCAACAGGAACAUGUCGGACUAGGAUGCAGCUAAGGAAAAAGACAACAGAGAGACUAUGUGAGGAGGUGUGAUAUUUUCUAACAUGGACUAAAAGGAACACUGUUACUGGACAGAAACAGUGGACAGCCACUGUCCUACCAUGGAGGGGUCGGCUGCAAAAAAAAAAACAGGAUUCGGACAUCUCAGAAAAGAGACCACUGUUGGCCAUGGGAUGCUGUUCCGUCAGUCCACAGCGGACUGCAGCGGUGAUGAGAUCACCCACCCCAGGAAACUGAACGGCUCCUCUGUGGAACCACCAAGCUACCACGACCUGCACCGGGAGCUGCUGCUCAGCCAUAAACGCAGGGGCCUGGUGCUGGAGGAGAAACCAGAGCUGAAGCGCGUGUUGGAGCAGCGCAGACUGGACCUGCACAAGGAGGAGGAGAUGGCCAGACAGAGGCCCUCGGAUCUGGAGACGGAGCUCCGCAAGAGGCAGCAGAAAUUGCAAGAGUAUGAGCAGGAGGAGAUCAGGCGGCGGGAGAACCAGCAGAAGAUCCCAGAGUUUGUCCGUGUAAAGGACAACCUGAGGCGAACGCAGCUUUCUGAGCAGUGAGGCCCCCAGGCUCCCUUCAGCCCCAGCAGUAUUUCACCAUAGUGGCCCUAACUUUGCUGAGUUACACAUUAAACCAACCAAAGGGGCAUCAACCCAGUACACAUCUUAUAGCGUAUUAUAAACAGCAUUUUUUUUUAAUUGGCAUUUAGAGAAAUGAAUUCAAGCUCUGUCACAGUCUCUGAUGAGGGAAUGGUUAUCCACUUUGAUGCAAAAUUGUUUUCAUUGUUACUGUAAACGGAAAAGUACUGCUGCUCAGGGGCUGGAUCUUUUUUAUGUUUUAUAUAUUUAUUUUUUCAAAACAAAUUAUCCUGAAUAAAAAGAGCAUUAGACUGUUUUGUGGUUUAGUUCUGUCACAUACUUCCAAUGCUUUACUUUCUAUAACAUCAUAAUGUGGUUCCUAACAGUGACUUUUCUCAGCAGAACUGUUUUGUAUCACUAGAGUUCCCCUCAGAGUUACAAAUUUUGUUUAUCUGUUCCUGAC